AUGCUUAAUCAUGUUAUACAAGUCUGGGUUUUAAUCACUGGCAUCAUUCGAGUUCCUCGUCUCUCGACCGCUAUCCUCAGAGGGAGGGCGUAUACAUUUUGGGAUGAUUUCUAUGUGUUUUUUGGUGGCGUGAACGUACACUUUCCUGGCAAUGUGACAGGGAACACCGUGGAACUGGGACUUACUAACAAAACUGGAUCUGGUUUUCGAUCCAAAUACCCUUAUCUGUAUGGCCAACUCUCGAUGAAGGUGAAACUUGUGGGAGGCAACUCCGCCGGAACUGUCACUUCUUUCUAUGUACGCUCGACAUACAAGAACUGGUGUGAACUCGACUUCGAGUUUUUGGGCAAUGUUUCAGGGCAGCCUUACAUUCUGCAAACCAACGUUUUCACUCUAGGACAGGGCCAUAGAGAGCAACGCAUAUUUCUUUGGUUUGAUCCUACAGCGGACUUCCAUGAAUACGGCAUUCUUUGGAACCAAAAGCUCGUAUUGUUUCUGGUCGACAACCGUGUCGUCCGAGUCUUCCACAAUGCCAAGGACCUUGGGGUCCCAUAUCUGGAGUAUCAGCCUAUGUACAUCUACACCAGCAUCUGGAACGGAGACUCGUGGGCCACUCGUGGAGGUCGCGUGAAAACAGACUGGAAUCAGCAACCUUUUGUUGCAUCGUACACAGGUUUCAACGUUUCGAAUGCUUGUGCAGUUAAGAACGUCGUCGGACCUAGAUUCAUCAACACCUAUAACUGUUACAGAAAAUUGUACAGGAGCCCAUACGGUCAGGGCCCCAACCUCCAGCUAUCGCAAUCUCAGAUUGCUGAUCUGAGGUGGAUUCAGAAAGGCUUUCUAGUGUAUGACUACUGCACAGAUGUCAAUAGAUUCCCAGGGAAGGUGUAUCCAGAGUGUGUAAGGAACUGGCCUUGA